AUGAACGCCUCCUGGUUCCAACGUGAUCCCUUGACGCUAAACAUACAUCGACAAGUCUUAGCUUUGGUCGCUUUUCUACCUCUAGAAUCCCCCUACCGUCCCCUGCUUCAAUCGUGUUCCUCUAACCUCGACGCUUUAAACUGCCUCUCGCGACUUCUGCUUGUCCCAUCUCUUUCCCUAGCCGUCGCCUCCAAAUUUCGACCCAUCCUUCUCGACCUGACCGCGCGCUGGUUACAUGACGAUAACUAUCUCGAAGACAAAUUUGUGGCGCUCUGCCUCUUGGUUCAGCCCCACGAAGAACUGUUUCCUGUUCUGUCCGAAUAUCUCAAUCGAUUCGUCUCGCAAGACGGUCCGUUAAAAUCGUUGUUGGCGGUGCCGUCAUCGGAACCUAUCAAUGUCUCUCGACUGCACCGAGUUCUCCUCGCAUACUAUCGACUACUCCAGACCAACCGCGAACUUCCCCACCAUCGUCAUUGGUCACUUGAACCACUUUCUCACCUCAUCUCGCCUCCUCAUCCUGAUUCCGGAGCUCGCUACCUGGCGGUUCGGUGCUAUGCCAUCCAAAGCGGUAUGGGCGAAGCUGACAGGGAAAAAUUAGAGAAAGAGGUUAUUGGCUCUGAAGAGUUGGUGGAUUGUCCGGUGCUAUAUGAGGAGCAGUUAGACGGAACAACGCGUAAUAUGGACGGCUGGAUUCUUCCCAUCAUGGAAGCGAAACGUAUUGGUGAAGCUCGAAUAGCGAUAGACUCUGAUGCAGACAGCUUCUAUGGCGACAACAAAAACUCUCCCAUUCAGUCCUCGGACCUGAGCCCGUACAUCGCCAAUGUGCAUGGCGUGCUCAUGUUCCGCAAAAGUAUUGUAUCAUCGACUUCCGAGUCUCCCCUAAUCAUCCCUACCCCUACCACUGUCGAUGCUCUGAGAAACAUAACACUUCGUCUUUCUUUACGACUCCCCACUCUCCUGACUUCGGCACCUUCAGCUGGCAAAUCACUCUUAUUGUCCCACCUCGCAUCUCUUCUCCACCCAGGCAUCAAAAAUCAGAUCAUUACCAUCCCACUCGCCGACACGUCAUUGGAUCCCCGUUCUCUCCUCGGAUCGUAUGUAUCUUCCUCGACUUCCCCGGGCACCUUCGAAUGGAAAGAGGGCAUCCUUGUUCGUGCUAUGAGGGAGGGACGCUGGGUCGUAUUUGCCGACAUUGACAGAGGGAGCAACGAAGUGUUGGGGACCAUCAAACCUCUCGUUGAAUCGCUGGAUGAUCAGUGGAUCGGUGGACGGGCACGAAUGGACGUUCCCAGUCGCGGUAUGGUCGUUGCGGCGGAAGGUUUCGCUAUCUUCGCUACUCGGUCAUUGGCCACAGCCGGAAACAGCACCUUCCCGAAACCCUCGUUCUUCGGAGCGCACAAGCUGCAUGAAGUCAUCGUCCCGCUACCUACCUCAGACGAACUCUACACUAUCCUGGACGCCAAGUUUCCGAGACUCGCGGGUGGUGCUACUAGAGGCUUCAUCGGCAUGUGGUCCAAUAUCAACGCCCUCGGGGGUUCGGGCGUUGGUCUUCGUGAUCUCGAAAAAUACUGCACUCGCGUCGCGCACUUACUUCCCGCUUCUCAUCAUUCCAUGAACCUCGAUGUCGAUCACGCUGCCAGCACGAGCUUCCCAGAACUAUCAGCUAUCUUUCCGAACCCGACCGUACGCGAGGAGAUGUAUGUUGAGGCGCGAGACGUCUUUUUCGGAGCAGGAACGACUACAGCCGCGGCCCGCGCUCAUGCAGAUGCUGUCGCCGCCUUGAUCGCUGAGCACCUCGGCCUGUCUGCGGAACAGCGGGAUUGGGUGUUGAGCAAGCGUCCACCAGAGUUUGAGGUGGAGAAGGACGUGAAUGGGAGGACGACGGGGAUCAGAGUAGGGAGGGUUAGGCUUGUAGCGAGGAAGCUGAAGGCGGAGAUUGCCCAGCCUACUACACGGCCUUUCGCGAUGCACCGUCCGGCAGUCAUGCUCAUGUCACGCAUCGCGACCGCCGUCUCCUUGGGCGAGCCCGUACUUUUGACUGGAGAGACUGGUACGGGAAAAACGAGCGUUGUCACUCAUAUGGCCUCUCUGCUCCGCCGUCCUCUCAUCUCGCUGAACUUGUCGCAACAGACCGAGUCUUCCGAUUUGCUUGGCGGGUUCAAGCCUGUGGACGCGCGCAUCCCGGGAUCAGAGUUGCAGGGGAGGUUUUUGGAUUUGUUUAGGGCGACGUUCAGCGCUAAAAAGAACGCGAAGUUUGAGGAGGGUGUGAGGAAGGCGGUGCAGGAAGGGAAGUGGAAGAGGGCAGUAGGGUUGUGGGUGGAGAGUGCUAGGAUGGCGAAGGACAGGAUUCAGGCCAAGUUGAGCGAGGAAGGACUUGAGGCCAGAAAGGACGAGUUGGACUCAGAUCUACCGCGGAAACGUCGGAAGACGGAGCUCGCUGCUCUGGCGACAUCAGAGACCAAAUGGGUCGCUUUUGAGCAAGCGGUCGAGCAGUUUAGAAUACAGCAUGUACAAGGAAAGGGCAAGUUCGCAUUUAGCUUCGUGGAAGGACCAUUGGUAAAGGCUUUGCGCUCCGGAGAUUGGAUACUCCUCGACGAAAUCAAUCUCGCAAGCCCCGAGACACUGGAAGCCGUGUCGGGCGUUCUUCACGGACCAACCGCAUCUAUCACUUUGACCGAACAAGGUUCCCUAGAACCCGUCCCUCGUCAUCCCGAUUUCCGUCUGUUCGCCUGUAUGAAUCCCGCCACCGACGUUGGCAAGAAGGACCUUCCUCCAAACAUUCGUUCGCGCUUCACCGAGAUCGACGUUCCCCCUCCCGAUGCCGACCCAGAGACCUUGCUCAGCAUCGUCACACAAUACUUCGGUGCUUCUGCUGUCGGUGACAAGGCGGCUAUCAUGGACGUCGCUGAGUUCUAUACAACAGUCAAAAAGUUAUCGAAUGCGAGGCAGCUCGCUGACGGUUCCAAUCAUAAACCACACUUCAGCAUGCGGACGUUAGCUCGAGCACUCACCUUCGCGUCGGAUAUCGCCGGUACUUACAGUCCUCGAAGGGCGUUGUGGGAGGGGUGUUUGAUGGCAUUCACAAUGGUCCUCGAUGCACCGAGCGCGGAGAUCGUUACCGCACUGGCACGCAAGCAUAUUCUCGCCGGCGUGCGUAACCCGAAUUCGUUGCUUGCGCGAGAGCCUUCGGUGCCGCAUGGUCGUUCGGCGGAGGAAUUCGUCAAAUUAGGGCCAUUCUAUCUCGAGCGAGGUCCUUUUCCUUACGAUGCCGUGGAUGAUUAUAUCAUGACGCCGUCGGUCGAGAAGAAGCUCGUUGAUCUCGCCAGGAUCAUCCUCACACGGCGCUUCCCAGUCCUCAUCGAAGGUCCGACUUCCAGUGGAAAGACUAGUUCUAUCGAAUACCUAGCCAAGCGAACCGGUCAUCGUUUUGUCCGCAUCAACAACCACGAGCAUACCGACAUCCAGGAAUAUUUGGGAACCUACGUCUCAGACCCCGUCACUGGGAAACUGGUAUUCAAGGAUGGCCUGCUCGUUCAAGCCAUACGACGCGGCGACUGGAUCGUUCUUGACGAACUGAACUUGGCGCCAACAGACGUCCUCGAGGCCCUCAAUCGUCUACUUGACGACAAUCGCGAACUCAUCAUCCCCGAAACGCAGGAGGUCGUACGGCCACAUCCUCAUUUCAUGCUGUUCGCCACUCAGAAUCCUCCUGGUCUCUACGCCGGACGCAAGGUCCUCUCCCGAGCCUUCCGAAACCGAUUCCUUGAGGUCCACUUCGAGGAUGUACCACAGGCCGAGUUGGAGACUAUUCUCUGUCAACGAUGUCGCAUUGCUCCGUCGUACGGUCAGCGUAUCGUCAGCGUCUUCCAGGAGCUACAGAAGCGCAGACAGUCGAGCCGUGUCUUCGAGAGUAAGCAGGGUUUCGCGACCUUGCGAGAUCUAUUCCGUUGGGCUGGUCGUGACGCGGUCGGUUAUCAGGAGUUGGCGGAGAACGGAUACAUGCUCUUGGCUGAACGAGCUCGCCGUGAAGAUGACAAGGUCGUGGUGAAGGAGGUGAUUGAGUCCGUCAUGAGGGUUCGCAUCGACGAGGCCGCGCUCUACGACUUCCAUCGCCCUGAGACCGACAUCGCAGCCAUCCUGGGCUUCCCUCUACCUUCGGCACCUGCGCUCGUCUGGACCAAAGCUAUGCAACGUCUUUUCGUCCUCGUCGCUCGUGCUCUCAAGUAUAACGAGCCCGUGCUGCUCGUGGGAGAGACUGGUUCCGGAAAGACCUCUGUUUGUCAGGUGUAUGCAGACACGCUGAACAAACGUCUCUUCCCAGUCAACUGUCAUCAGAAUACUGAAACCGCGGACAUCAUUGGAGGACUCCGGCCCGUACGGAACCGGGCGACUUUGGAGGCUGAAGCGGUCCAGGAUGCGGUUUCGAUGCUCAGGAAUCACGGUAUAACAGAAGUGGACGAAGACGUCCAUAGCAUCCUUUCUUCGCUAGAUUCUCUCAGCAAGUUGUCUGGGAUGGAAACGGAAGAGAUGCUGGCCAUCAAGCGCAAGCUGCAGGGUUUAUGGGCUAUUUUCGAGUGGCGAGAUGGGCCCUUGGUGGAGGCUAUGCGGAGCGGAGACGUCUUCCUCCUCGAUGAGAUAUCAUUAGCCGACGAUUCCGUCCUCGAACGACUGAACAGUGUCCUGGAACCGGCACGGACAGUCGUGCUGGCCGAACGAGGGGGAGACGAUGCAGAUGGGUCCUUUGUCGCCGCGGACGAGGGCUUCAAGCUUGUGGCCACGAUGAAUCCUGGAGGUGACUAUGGAAAGAAGGAGCUCUCACCCGCUCUGCGGAAUCGAUUCACAGAGAUCUGGGUUCCCUCUGUGGACAACCGCGACGAUCUAGUACAGAUCGUCGACCUUUCAUGGAAGCACCAGGAUCUCAAGCCUUUUACGCAUCCUUUGUUGGACUUCUGCGCCUGGCUGAGUGACCGGGUCUCCGAGAAAGCCCUCCUUGGUCUGCGAGAUAUUUUGGCAUGGGUCGCGUUCUCCAACUCUGUACUCAGUCUGCACGGUGUUGAGAAAAUGCCUCUCAACGAACUCUUUCAUCACGCUGCUCGUAUGACAUGCCUCGACGGUCUUGCGUCGCUGCCAUCGCUUGCUGCAUAUUCUUCGACCGCUCUAGCGACUGUCAAAGCUGAAGCUAUCGCAAAGCUCAAUGAACUAUCCCCGAUCUCUUCUAACGUCGACUUUCCUGCGUCCAUACACGACACGACUAGCUUUGUUCAGUUUGGCGCCUUCGCCAUUUCUCGUGGACCUCGCGAAGCUGUUCAGCAUUUGUACAAUCUUCAGGCACCAACAACUCAAGACAACGCGUUACGUGUGGUGAGGGCAUGCCAGGUUCCCAAACCCAUUCUACUCGAAGGUAGUCCUGGAGUGGGUAAAACCAGUCUCAUCACAGCUCUCGCCAACAUCUGCGGCUAUCACCUUUGUCGUGUCAAUUUAUCUGAUCAGACCGAUCUGGCCGACCUGUUUGGAUCCGAUCUACCGGUCGAGGGCGGUGGUCCGGGCGAAUUUGCGUGGAAGGACGCCGAGUUUUUGCGAGCACUGCAGGAGGGUCAUUGGGUACUACUUGACGAGAUGAACCUGGCCCCGCAGUCCGUUCUCGAAGGCCUCAAUGCUGCCUUGGACCAUCGUGGGGCCGUCUAUGUGCCGGAACUAGGGCGUUCAUUCACGCGACACCCCAAUUUCCGCAUUUUCGCUGCCCAGAAUCCCAUUCAGCAGGGAGGUGGAAGGAAAGGGCUCCCGAAAUCGUUCGUGAAUAGAUUUACGAAGGUCUAUGUGGAGACCCUUACUCCUGACGAUCUCCUCCAAAUCUGUCAGCAUAUGUUCCCCGAUUACCCUCCCCACUGGCUCCAGUCCAUGAUCGCCUUCAACGCUCGCCUGGAGGAGGAGAUCGUGACGAAGAAGUCCUUUGCUCGCGUUGGUGCACCCUGGGAAUUCAAUUUACGAGACGUUACUCGUUGGGCAGCACUCCUUCGUGCCUCCGACAACCGCCCUGUUCAUCCAGUUCACCACCUUCGCACUAUCUACUUGAGCCGUUUCCGUACCUCAGAUGAUCGGCUUACCGCUCAAAAGAUUUUCGAAGACGUCUUCGGCGAAUCAAGCGAUUUAACCAACGACUUAUCCCAGCGGGCUCCGUAUCCCCUCUCAUCCCCCUCACACGUUCAGAUCGGCUCCUUCAUGUGCCCACGAACGGCAUACUCUUCCACUUCGCGUUCUGGACGACUUUUACAAUCACAGCUUGCGGCUUUGGAGACAACGGGCGUCUCCCUUACCCAAGGUUGGCUCGUCAUCCUCACCGGGUCUCAUAAUAGCGGAAAGACCAGCCUGGUUCGCUUUAUGGCGAAUCUCAUAGGAAAUCAUCUCCAUGAAAUCUCCAUCAACAGCGCUAGCGACACCACCGACAUUCUUGGAAGCUUCGAACAGCUCGACGAACGGGGACGGUCAUACAACAUCCUGCAGCGAGCUACCGACCUGGCGGAUCGGAUAUCACGGUCGCCAUCUGGUCCAGCUUUCCUGCAUUCCGGCUACGGCGCCUCUGUGGAGAGAAUACGGAAAUCCUCGUCUUCCGAUGAUGCUCUUCAGGCAGCCAAAGAUGUUCUGUUGGGCCUGGCGCAGGUCGGAGGACCAUGGGGAGUCGAGGCGUCAGAUCUUUUGGCCGAACUUACGUCUCUUACUUUGCAGAGCGGCGGAGGGCGAUUUGAAUGGGUCGACGGUCCUCUAGUCAAAGCCCUCAAGUCUGGUCACUGGCUUCUCUUAGACGGUGCUAACCUUUGCAGCCCAUCGGUCCUCGAUCGCCUCAAUUCUCUUUGUGAACCUGGUGGAACACUCGUUCUGAAUGAACGCGGCCACGUGGACGGGACGGUAGAAAUCAUCAAGCCUCAUCCCUCCUUCCGUCUGUUCAUGUCUGUUGACGCCCAAUACGGCGAGCUCUCACGUGCCAUGCGCAACCGCGGAAUAGAGGUCUGUCUGUCGUCUGAAAGGACGACGGAAGACCUUGUCCGCAUCCACGACUAUCACCGCCUUCCAUUGCACCGAGUUGGAGCUGCUACAUCCGGUACUUCUAAUGCCGCAUUUGAUGCCCGACGCAGAGCUCUAUCUAGUCUCCCACCGCUCGGUCUCAUGUCGUAUUGGCCUUCCGGGCGCAGCGUCGAGGACGACUCGACGUCGUCAGCUACCUUUGACUCUGUCUCCUGCUUGUCUACCGAACCAACUUUGCCGGAUCAUCCGCGGAUGAGAGAUACUCUUCAUGCUUUCGCUUUGACCACCUCGUCCUCUGCUCACAUCGCUAGGUUCUCAAGGAUUCUUCCCGCCCUGCCUCAUACCGGGCCCAACAACGGCUUUGGCCAAAUUCACGUUGUGCUGAAUGCAUUCCGGAGGAGCGUCUUGUGGCAAGUGUUGGAGGAGUAUCAACAUCAGUCCGAAAAGAUAUGGCCAGUACCUUUUGAUCAUCUCUCCGUUCAGCCGUUUGAUUUUUCGUCGAGAUACAUGAGUGUGAAGCGCCUCUACGCUGAGUACGAUGUCCCUUCGACGCACGACUCGCUGUUGCAGGCAUUGGAAUUGUUCGUGAGGAUGACUGGUUCAAGUACCUCUCAAAGUCCACGCAAGCAAACCCUGAACACCACCGAAAGCAGCAAAAGUGCCGUGCAUCAGUCUCCAGCCAUGGAAGAAGUCCGAAAAGCGACGCAACAGAUCGACGAGACUUCCGAUGCACUCUUACAAGUUACCAUGAAUGUCCUGAAAGAGCGUGCACUGAUGGGAGAUGGAACGGUCGUUGAACUGGCAUUGAAGUCAACGACCCUGGCUCGUUUCUUGGAAGAAUCUGUUGCUGCAUCUUUCAACUUCUCAGCCGUUCAGACGAUUGUGAAGUGGUUCUCAGAGACCCUCAAACAUGCACCUGCCCUGUUUACGAAUCUUCAGCACUCCGUACGAGCUUUGGAACGCCUGGUAACACCUUCAUCGGGGCUGGGACUGACAGAGAUCUGGUCCUCAAUGCUGCUUCCACCUAAAAUGGCUUCAGGCCAUAGCUUCGAGCGUCUGGGGCAGCUUGCUCGCUCAUUGUCAAAUACCAGCCAGACUCACCAUUUGAGGUCAGAGUUGUUGGCAUUGAUGGCGUUGCAGUCGCUUCCCAGCACCGGGCAGGAAGAUCCGGAGGUUGUGGAAGCCAUGGCUCAGGAUAUACAGAAACGUUUGGAAACAUCGAGCAGCCGAACGACGCCUGAUACGUUCGCAUCCAAGACCGACUGGAUCUCAUUGAUCAGAGAACUCAGCAUCCUUCCCCGAUUACAUGACGGAAGCGGUACGGCUGUUCAAGUUCUCGAGCAAAUGCUUGAUCUCGCUUGCCAGAAUUUUACGGUGGAUCUACGUCGGUUCGUCCCCUAUCGUCAUGCUAUCUGGGCCGUGCAAGCUCGAAAGUUCGAAGUGCCCGCCAUCACGUCGGCAUACAAAUCUUGGCUUCAGGCGCUAUGGGACGUGGAUGAGAAGCUCGGCCCAUCGCUCAUUCUGCAGCCUACGAUGCUUCAAACAACCGUUGAUAAAUCUGAUUGGUCCAAUGUUACUAUGCAGGCGCUCGGCGACUAUGAACCUCAAUUGACACGCCAUCUAAACGCCCUUUUGACUGGACUCGAACUAGACAAGAGCCGUGUCGAGACGCUGACCAUUCUAUAUCGCCAGAGCGUGUUGAUGCUGUGCCAUUGCUUUAAAGGCACGUUCGACAAAGAAGUUGCCGCGAAGCUCGACAAUAUGAUCCGUGAGGUGCCCCUCGAUGGGAUUACGGCACUUCGUGACCUUGCCGGACUUCCUCUCCUCCUUCAAGGUUCAUCCCACCUCGAGUUCAAGGAUACGCUCACCCGUCUAUCGACCAUGAUCCCAGAAUCUAGUCUCGAUUCAUCGUCACCAAGCCUCCUCCACGCGGGCCAACGCUGGAUCUCGCUAUUCCGAGCUUUCGUUGACCUCUAUGUCCCUGAUACUCCUUUGGACCCCGGAGCUGUUUACCACUGCACUUCGCAGCUUAGGGACCAAGAACGAGCGAGGCUAUCACUGGAACUUAACCUUCAUCGAAGUCUCGAAUCACGUACCACUGGCGGUGAAACGAACGUGACCAUCAUGGAGCUUCAACGAAAGUUGCACGCCGUUUGCGACCAGGCAGAGGACAGUGCGUCCACCCGUGUCACAGUACGCGAUACCCGUCGCCUUCGAGAGUUCUGGACCGAAGUCAACCAGUUCUUGGCCAUGGUGGUAUCACCUUCCAAAAUCGAUUCUCUCGUUGCCCAACUUCAAUCCGGUGAUUCCUCCGCAGAUACACGAGAACACGUCGUUCAAGAAUCAAUCUCAGGUUUCAGUCAGCGCAUGAACACUGUAUACGAGGAUUUCGAAGAUAUCUGCUCUCCGUUGCAGUUGGCAUUGCUACACCUUCGUCUCGGCCUUCGUCUUGUACGACACUCGCAAGCAUCCGCCCAAAUGCAACAUCCCACGGCCAUGGCGACUGCCUUGGUAUCCUCUUUAUCGGUCCAGAGAUCCGCCUUGUUACUCCCAGACACGGGCAUCGACGUCCAGCUUCCCGGAAUAGACUCUGUCCUCCAUUUAAUCCUGAGGCUUACUUCCGCUUCAGAGGAUCUUCAAGCUGGUGUAGAAGCUGAUUCACUUAUCUCCGGGAUCGAAACCGUCUAUGAACAAGCUGUUCGUUUGUGGCUCAUUGAUCGCUCAAAGGAAGAAGAGGCUACCAAAGCGUCACAGUCACUGUACCGGUCUGCUCGGCUCGAACACGAUACAAUCCAAGAUUCGGAGUUGGAAGAGCAAGAGUUUCUUUCCCUUUUCCCCAACUUCGAGGACGCCUUCGACAAAGAGCUUCCUGCAGAUGGGGACCAUCGCCCCACUGGACAGUUCAUAGGUCCAGGUCAUGUCCAUCAUUUCUACGACCUACAUCAAAAACUUUUCGAAAGUCGAACCGUCAACUCCAAUUGUCUUCCAUCGAGUUCUGACAUGCGCAUAACGUUGCUCCGGCCCCUCCUAAACACAUAUCUGAACGCACUUCCCGAGGCAUUAGAUCGCAUUAGUUUAGUGUAUCAACUUUCUCUCACCCACGACCGUUUGCAUAGUCUGCACCACCACUCCAAACAAACCCUCAGGCCCUACAACUUCUACGUCGAUCCAAACGUCCCAGAGCUUCGGAAAGCAACCGAUGUUCUCCAAUCUUUACGAGCUCGACUCCAGCUGCUGGUUCUGGAGUGGCCGGAGCAGAUGGUGCUGCACCAUCUCACCGAGCGCUGCGAUCAGAUCCUACGGUUGAGCCUUCAAAGCCCGGUAGCUAAGGUGCUGGCUACGCUGGAACAAUUACUCGUCCAAACCGAAGACUGGGAGCUCUACGCGAACCGCGACAACAACCUUAAGGUGCAUCGAUCUGCGCUGAUCUCGCUCAUUGUUGAGUGGAGGAAGUUGGAGCUUUCUUGCUGGCGCGGAUUAUUGGAGACACAGGCUCUUGAGUUCUCACAAGGGGUUUCAGAGUGGUGGUUCAGGUUGUACAAUGCCAUCCUCCGCGGUCUGCUUGACAUCACUUCACGCAGUGAGGGUAUGGACGUCGACGGUAUGGAAGAGUAUCUGGAUAAUCUCGUUCCACUUCUGGACGACUUCGUCAAGACAAGUCCCAUGGGCCAGUUCAGUCGUCGUUUGGAGCUCUUAAAGAGUUUCGAGGACUUCCUGCGACGUUCGGCAUUCUCUCGAUCUUCUUCUCAUAGGAAUGCUCUGGAACGCGCAAUACGUAUUCUCCACUCAACCCACGCAUACUACAUCCAGUACCUUCCGAAAAUCACAAAGGACUUCGUAGCUCAACGGAGCGCGCUAGAGAAGGAGGUUGCCGGGUUUAUCAAGCUCGCGAGUUGGAAAGACAUCAACGUUCAAGCCUUGAAGGCCAGCGCACAACGCACACAUCACCAACUGUACAAGAACAUUCGAAAGUUCCGCGAUAUCCUCCGGCAGCCGAUCAAUGGCAUGCUGCUGUCAGAGAAAGCAUCCGAGCCCGACGCCACUCCACAUUUUUCACUGCAACCCGAUUCUUCUGUACGCCACAACGUACCAGAGGCCCCCAUCUUUCCCACGCGCUAUCCGUACAGUGCACUUCCAGCGCAUCUCCAAGACCUCCCUCGCACGUAUUCGCGCUACGACACCCUAGUAUCCACCCAAGUCGAGACCUUCCUCCACUCUCGACAACCCCACAGCGUCGAAGCUUUGGCAAGUGAGGUCAUUUCCACGGCGAAGAACUUGUCGUCUCUCACCGCCCCGUCUGAAUAUUCGAAGGAGCGGAAGGAAAAGUAUCUGAAGACCGUACUCGUAAGGAAGCGGAAGGCAUGGAGUGACCUUCUGAAAGAGCUGAAGCGAAUAGGGUUCGCGACGAACGUCAAGCCCGACGUUCUGGAGCUUCAGACGAAGCGACGAUGGCUCCGGGAACAGCCCAUAGUAUGCGCAUCGGCACACAUCACCGCAGACGUGGAAAGAGCAGAGCGGUACUUCGAGCGUCUCUGUGGUCUUCUUCCCGAUCUUAGGGCCGCUCUCUCCAAUCAUCACUCAGAUCUGCCCACUCGGGAGCUUCACAGAGGAGUCAUGUUGCUCGAAUCGGGAUUUUCCCAGGCUUUGACGUCAAGGACUCAUUUAUCUCGUGCUCUCGAUCAGUAUUCCUCUGUCAAGAACUCAGCACGUCGCCUUCACAUGCUAGCAGAGGGCGGCGUCGCGGUUUCGAGUGGUCAUCAUGUUCUGACUGCGGCAACCCACAUCAAAAAUACCAUUUGCAAACUCGCAAAGGCCGCGUCUGAAACUGUGGAGCAACUCGAACUCUUCGACAAUCUACGCUCUGGCUAUUCUGUGCCCCCUCCACUCCUUGAAGAGGCUCGUUCUUGGGCUCACUCUGCAGACAGCCAUCGCACACUUGUGACAAGCGUUGUGGAUGGAAUAAGACUUAGCUCUACUUCCGUCCUUCUAAGAGACGAAUACGAUGUACUCUCAUCUACAAUCCUCUACAUCGAGGAUAUGGCCAGAUCUUUGCGCAGCUGGACGGAACGCGAGGAACACAUUUCCUUCAUCCUCAGCCCUUUGUUAACGUGGAUUGAGUCUGUCCCAAUAACGGCACCUAACAUCGUCACGGGUGAUCAGGAGCAUCCGCAUCUUGAUGGCGACCAUGUCAUCGACGCGACCCUGGUCAUCGUUCAGUCUCUUCUCUCCAAGCUUCCGUCAGAAGCGAGCGGAACCGAAGACGAUGACGGCUACGCCAAGCUCACCUCGCGCCUGCUGGGGGAGUUCUCCGUAUCUCUCCAGGUGGAUUCUCUGACCAAGAAACUCAACUCAAUCCUGACUUCAGCUGCCAACGUUUCUUCCAACGUCUUAAACGAUAACAUCCUCCGUUUCUUGCCUUUCGUCGACCGGUAUCUCACCCUGGUAGAAGAACAUGUCACCGCGCACAUUUGCUGGACUGGAAGCCUCUUCAAGUUACUCUAUGUGAUCUGUACAAUAAUCCACACGAUCGCGACCCAAGGGUUCUGCAAACCUCCGGAUGCGGAAGAAACGGGAGAGGGGAAGGACGGUGGCGAGGCCAUGGGUGGAGUGGGGCUUGGAGAAGGCGAUGGUGCGGAGAACGUUAGCAAGGAGAUCGAAGACGAGAGUCAAGUGGAAGGAUUGAAAGGUGAGGAUCAAGCGGAGAAUAAAGAGAAGAACAAACAAGACGAUGACGACGAUAACGCUAUUGAGAUGGGCGAUGACUUUGAGGGUGAGAUGGAGGAUGUUCCGGACGAUAGCUCACAAGGAGACGAGGGCGAGAAGUCAGAUGAAGAGGGAGAAGGUCCAGACGAACAGCUUGGAGAUGUCGAUAGUUCAGAUCCGAACGCGGUCGAUGAGAAGCUCUGGGGAGAUGAGAAGGGUCCGGAGAGUGGUGAUGAUGGGAAGACGAAUCAAGAUCGGUCGGAAGAGAAGGGCGGCGACUCUGAACUGGUGGCGAAGGAGGGACAGAAGCCGGAUGACCGAAAGGACUCGAAGAGUGGGAAGGAGGAAGCGCAGCCAGAAGGCAAGGACGGCGAAGCAGAGGAGGAGCCUUCACCUGAUGAGAGUCCAGAAGACGAUGCGGGUGUUGAGGAUCCGAAUGCCACUGGUGCACCCGUCGACGAUUACGUGCAAGAUGCCAAUACCUUGGAGCUGCCUGAAGAUCUGGAUCUCGGAACUGGGGAAGACGUCCAGGAGGAGGGUGGUUCAGAAGAGGAUGAGCUGAUGGAUGAAGACAACGAGCAUCCAGAGAGGCUCGACGACAUGGAUGGGGAAUCGGACGCAGAACAGGCCCUUGGGGGAGACCGAGCAUCGAUGGAUGAGGGAGGGGAAGAAGAUGAGCAGACGACUAUGAAAGAGGAUGUUGAAGAACCGCAACAGCCCGAGGAGGAAAAGAGUGGGGAGGAGGCGGUGGCACAACCAGACGUACAAUCUGGAGAUGGGUUAGCGGGAGACCCUAUGCCACAGGAGUCUUUCAACGAGAAUGUCCGCGACACCGCUCCUACGAACCAAGCUGGCGCAUCCCAGGGUGCGAUGGGGCAGAGUGCGGGGAAAGGACAAGAGACAGGUCACGAGGACGGCAAAAUAGAUGAUAUUUCACAGGAAACUGAGGUGCAGGAUGCUGACAUGACGGGAAGCGGGGCUUCCACUGGGGGAAAACAGCAAGGGAAACCCGCAUCACACGACUCGAUGCCCCAGGACCUUUCAAACAACCCACUUCGUAGUCUCGGAGAUGCAAUGAAGGAGAUCCGCCAACGCUUCGAUGACAUCUUGGAACGCGAAGAGAGCCAGUCUCAGCCUAUACCUCACCCUGGAGAUGUUGCGAAUGCCUCUCAGCUGGAGUACCUCCGUCCUGACGACGCUGAUGAGAACAUGCAAGCGUUGGGACCAGCUGGAGCAGAUCAGGUCGCAAAGCUCAGUGAUCUGAACAUUGUCGACGACGAAACCCAGGAGGAGGAACAUGACGUAGCAAUGGACAUCGACGAGCCCACAGCGGUUGACCCUUCACAACCACAACUCCCCGAACAGACAUUCAAUGCUCAGUCGACGACUGAGGCCUUGCAGGAAAGCGUGGAGACAGCCUUAACACGUCAGGAUAUUCAUUCACGAGACCCCUCGCAACGUACAGAUCCUCUUCACGAGUCCUCUGGUGCGCAGGCAGAGGUGGAUGUUGAAGAGCCCAUCACUCAAGACGAGGUCGAAGCUGAACUGCGCCGUUGGCAGUCCGUAGGCAAACCCCGAGACGGAGCGGAGAACAUCUGGCGUCUCUACGAGUCCCUCACCCACGAUCUAUCCUACACCCUAUGCGAACAACUCCGUCUCAUUCUCGAGCCGACACUCGCUACCCGACUCAAAGGUGAUUACCGCACGGGUAAACGCUUGAACAUGAAGAAGAUCAUUCCAUAUAUCGCCAGCGAAUACACAAAGGACAAGAUCUGGCUUCGUCGUACUCGUCCCAGCCAGCGAGAAUACCAGGUCUUGAUCGCAUUGGACGAUUCCAGGUCCAUGGCAGAGUCGCAUUCCGUGCACUUGGCGUACGAGACGUUGGCCCUCGUAUCGAAGGCGCUCAGUAGGUUGGAGGUCGGUGAUGUGGGCAUCGCGAAGUUCGGAGAGGCGGUGGAUGUGCUGCAUGGGUUCGAUGAGGGACCAUUCACGGAUCAGGCGGGGAUGCAGGUCAUGCAAGCUUUCGGGUUUCAGCAGAAGGCCACAAACGUGCUUUCCCUCGUGGAGGCUAGUUUGAAGAUGCUGGAGGAUGCGAGACAGAGGCGGUCCAAUAGCUCGGCGUCGGCGGCAGACUUAUGGCAGUUAGAAAUCAUCAUCUCGGAUGGGAUUUGUCAGGACCACGAGAAGCUCAGGACGGUGUUGCGGAAGGCUGAGGAGCAAAGAGUCAUGGUGGUCUUCAUCGUGAUCGACUCGCUUCAUUCGAACGCUGUCGCCGCGUCAGGCGAUGGGGGAAAGGGUAAGAUGGAAGGUGGCGUACAGAAUUCCAUUCUAUCCAUGAACCAGGUCGCAUACAAGAUGAUAGAUGGGAAGAUGGAGCUACAGAUGCAUCGAUACUUGGACUCCUUCCCCUUCGAGUAUUACGUGGUGCUACGGAAUGUGGAGGCUUUACCAGAGGUGUUGUCGGGCACGUUGAAGCAGUUCUUCGAGCGUAUAUCAGAGGAGUAG